AUGUCCGACUACCCGUUCUCCACGGACGUUGGCAUCGACCUGAACAAGAACUUUCAUUUCGUAUGGGACCAUAGGACAGAGUUCAAUCCUGGUGAGGAUGUCUUCUCCGUGGCGUCUGAUGGUCCCAGUUUCGAGAUCUACCACGGGUCGGCGGCGGCGGCUUCAGAGCCCCAGAUUAAGGCUGUAUAUUGGGUACUGAAUACGUACAACUCGUCCCUCAGCUUCUUGGUGCAGAGCGUGAUUGUCGAUGCUUUCGUUUAG